AUGCAUUGUCUGGUCAACGACAUUGGUAGUCCGGCCGCGGUCCAGUAUCGCCUCGUCGGCAAGAACUUCGCCGUUGCAAUCAAGAAAGAUUUAUUACAAGAUCAGUCAGUCAUCGAUACGUUUGGAGGAUUGAACGAAGUUCAGAAAGUACGCCUCCUUAUUCGCCAUAGAGGCGCAAUGCAUGCUAAUAGGACCGGUACUGCCGCGAAUGUCGUUACCAGGCUGGCGAAACAAAUGACGGACGAGCUCGCAACUGCGGGGUACAUCAGUCCGGAAGAUAUAGGGACGAAAGCAAUUGCUUACGUUUGUGAAGCCCAAAUUGCUGGAGUCAAGUUUCUGGUCGAGCACGGGAGAGAAGUAGGCCUGGAUUUGGGAGGUCUCAACGCGCUGCAGGUGGCUAUGCGGAAUACUAGGCAUACAGAAUUCUACGAGGAUGUAGCUUCAUACCUUCGCGAGGCUACUGCGUCGGCAAACCGAAUGCAACGUCCUGGAGGUAGCGGCCAAUUUCACAUAGACGAUGCUGGCCUUCUCAUGGAUCUGCUUCACGAACUCCCAGCAGGCGAUGCUUCUCUGCUGCUAGGGCGUAUUCGUAAAGCUGACUACAUCGCUGGAGUGACGGGGGAUUACCGAGAGUAUCAUGUCGCACCACAGAGGACAGCACGCAAAGGAUGAGACAUGAAUUGGGACUAUGAUCCGAGCGGUACUCCAACCGAUAUGAUUGAACUGGGCACCACGAAAAAAGUAAAACGGCAAUGUCGAUGCGAUUUGAUCAUGUUUGGCGGCUGAAGAUGACUCC